GGUACAGAGUUACUUGCUAGUAAGUAAGUCCAUAGAGGCUCAGAGCCCAGCAGCUCAGUGAGCCCUACAACCUGACCCAAGAAGAUCCCAAAGGCGGUGAAAACAGCAGAGGAGAAAGCAACAGCACCUCGAAGAUGUGUUGGAGCACUUUCCCCAAAGUACAUAGGUUGCACGUUCAUACUCACACCUGAAUUGAUUCCUACAAGAAAGCGUGCGAGGAUGAUCAUCUCAAAUGAUUUGGCCAUCUUGCACGUGAGCACAAGGACAGCACCAACAAGCAGGAAAGAAUUAUUCAAAAGUAGUGACUUCUUCCUUCCAAAGCGGACUGCCAUAGGCCCAGCCAGCAGGGCCCCAAGCAGACCACCAAGGGAGAAGGCUGACACGAUGAUAGUCCACGCCAGAGUCAACUGUGGAGUUUCUAGACCCACACCCCAGCGCUCCAUGGCUCCUUCUCCAACUAAAAGAAAGGAGGAUGACAAAAGUAAACAGCGAGGCAAAGAAAAGCCUGGAACUACAAGAGAAGGAGCUGAUAAGAAGGACCGGGGCAGAGACAAGACCCGGACACGGCGCAGUGCUUCCAGUGGCAGCAGCAGCUCCAGCAGCAGCUCUGGCUCCAGCUCCGGCUCCUCCAGCGGCUCCAGUUCAUCUGGCUCCAGCCACUCGGGAUCAUCCAGCUCCCGCUCUUCAUCCUCCUCCUCGUCUUCCUCCUCCCCAAGCACAAGUCGCCAGCGGCACAACAACAGACGGCGAUCUCGCUCAAAGUCCAAAUCUGCAAAGAGGGAUGAGAGGGAACGUCGACGGAGGAGUCCCACACCCAAACCCACCAAGCUCUCUCUGGGCAGGCUGACCAGAAACGUCAUUAAGGAACACAUCCAGGAGAUCUUCUCCACUUACGGCAAAAUCAAGCUGAUCGACAUGCCCAUGAAUCGUCUACACCCUCACCUGUCGAAGGGCUACGCCUACGUUGAGUUUGAAACACCUGAGGAGGCCGAGAAGGCCCUGAAACACAUGGAUGGAGGUCAGAUUGACGGUCAGGAGAUCACAGUGACGGCGGUGCUGACGCCUAUAGUGCGACCCCCUCCCCGCAGGCUGUCCCCUCCCCGCAGGAUCCCCCCACCACUUCCAAUGUGGAGACGCACUCCGCCUCGCAUGAGGAGAAGGUCUCGGUCACCACGGCGACGCUCUCCCAUACGCCGCAGGUCGCGGUCGCCCGGACGACGCCGUCACAGAUCUCGGUCCAGUUCCAACUCUUCCCGCUAAGUCACUGGGAACCUUCUAGGCCUUCCCUCCUCCUGUUUUGUACCAGUGUCCUGAGGAACAGCCUACAGACCAUAAUAACCCACUGUCCUCUGGUGUAAUGUUAAAAAUAAUCGACACUUGUUCUGGGUCGAGUAACAGAGCUGUUUUGACUAGACUUGAAACUAGUCUUUAAUAAUGUACAGAUGUCAUUCAUUUUCACAUUCUAAAUGGGACUAAUUUAGGCAUGGUAAAAGAAAAACUGAAAAUAUAUGAUCGAACAAACCCGUACAUCUGUCUGCAUUUACAUGGACUAAAGGAACCGGGCUGCAGGAGGUUCUCCACAGACUUCAUCUAAACAGACCAGGACAUCUUAAAGAGUACGAGGUUAUCAUCUGCAUUUCUGCUUGGGGAUGUGUAAAUGUGUGAACACAUUCCCUUUGUCCGGCUGUUCUUCCAGGUCAUAACUGUUUAUAUUUAAUUAGUCAGAGCUGAAGUGAGCUGCUCAACACUAACUUUGAGACUGAUGAGUCUUAUCUCACCACACACUCGGUGCAGAUCUCGUAUUGAAGUCAGGAGUCAUGAUUAGACCAAAAAAGGCUCCUGAAAUAGUCAUCAGGCUUCUGUGAUGUGGCGUUAAGAUGCAUUUUUCUCUCUUCCUUUGUGGGUCUCAUGGAAUCUCAACCUCAACACUUGACCUGUACCAGGCUGAUGGGGUCACAUGACCUGGUGUCGAAACCGUCUCUGACAAUAUUCUCCUCAUAUGACCUGAGUAAUAGUGAGCAGUAAGAACAAAAGGUACAUGCAUAAGAGUCACUGAGUUACAGCCCUGUUUGUCAUCUAAUUUAAUUAUUAAGAGUUGCUGCAGAAAGAAUCUCUGUGCUUUUCUGUCACACACAUAUUUGGAUGUGAGGUUUACUCAUUUACAGUCUGAUGCAACUGGUUUGAUGUUAUGUUUUGGUGUGUGUUUGUUUUCCCUUAAACCUCAUUUUGAAAAACUUUAGACUAAAUAAAGCUCAGUCUGAGGUUUGACCUUUA